AUGGCUGAAGGAGUUCUCUUUGAUAUUGCUGGGGAGAUCAUUAGGAAGUUGGGUUCUCGAGCCCUUGACGAGAUUGGAUUGUGGUGGUGUGUCAAAGAUGAGCUUAGGAAACUUGAGGCCACAGUUUCUAGUAUCCAUAAUGUGCUUCUGGAUGCUGAGGAGCAGCAAAUAUAUAACCGUCAAGUGAAAGGCUGGCUUGGGAGGCUACAAGAAGUUUUUUAUGAUGCUGAUGACUUGCUAGAUGACAUCGCCACUGAAGCUCUGCGGCGCCAAGUGAUGACUGGAAAUAGACUGACAAAGGAGGUAAGCCUUUUCUUCUCGUCUUCGAAUCGGCUUGUUUAUGGUUUUAAGAUGGGCCAUAAAAUUAAGGCUCUUAGGGAGAGACUAGCUGAUAUUGAAGCUGAUAAACAAUUUCCAUUAGAGGUUCGAACCUGGGAGAGAGGUUAUACAACUAUGGGUGACAAAGUUGUGAUAGGGAGAGAGGGUGACAAAAACGCAAUUAUAGAAGUUCUAUUGGCUUCCAACAGUAAAGAGAAUGUUUCAGUUCUCUCAAUUGUUGGAAUUGGGGGAUUAGGGAAGUCCACACUUGCUCAACUCAUCUUCAAUGAUGAGCGUAUUAAGAAUUAUUUUGAGUUAAGAAUAUGGGUGUGUGUUUCAGAUAUUUUUGAUGUGAAAAUGAUUGUUAGAAAAAUCUUGGAGUCCGCAACAGGUACUAAGUCAGAAGAUCUUGAGCUAGAGGCAUUGAAAUCUCAACUAGGAAAUAUUAUGUAUUCUAAAAGGUAUCUAUUAGUGUUGGAUGAUGUGUGGAAUGAAAAUAGUGAGAGAUGGGAUAAUCUAAAGAAAUUAUUAGAGGGUGGUUCUAGUGGAAGUAAGAUAUUAGUAACUACUCGCUCUGAAAGAGUAGCACGGAUAUGUAGCACACUGAAACCAUAUGUGAUGGGAUGUUUAUCUCCAGAUGAAUCUUUGUCUUUGUUCCUUCAUGCAGCACUAACGGGACAAAAACUAAAAGAUUCAAAGACAAAUAAAAUUGCUGAGGGGAUUGUGAAGAAAUGUUUUGGAGUUCCCCUUGCAAUAAAGACAAUUGCAAGUGUUUUAUAUUUUAAAGAUCCAGAAAGAGAAUGGUUGCCUUUUUUAGAAAAUGAUCUUUCAAAAAUAGCUCAAAAUGAAAAUGACAUUUUAAGCAUACUUAAAUUGAGCUAUGAUCAUCUCUCAUCACAUUUGAAGCAUUGUUUUGCAUAUUGUGCAUUAUUUCCCAAAGCUUACGUGAUUGAUGUGAAAAAAUUGAUUCAUCUUUGGGUUGCACAAGGGUUCAUUGAGUCAUCAAGUUCAAGUCUAUGCAUUGAAGAUAUAGGGCUCCAGUAUUUUAAGGAGUUGUGGUGGAGGUCAUUUUUUCAGGAAGUAGAGUGGGAUGAAAUUGGCAAUGUAAAAAGUUGCAAAAUGCAUGAUUUGAUGCAUGACCUUGCAACUUCAGUUGCUGGGAAGAGCAUUUGCAUAAUAUAUUCUGAAGUGGAUAAAAGUGUCCGUCAUGUUUCAUUCGACUUUCAUUCAUACUCAUCCCACCAAAUUCCUGUUGAAUUAAGUAUUGCAAGAAAAUUGAGGACAUUUCUUUUGCCACGGCCAAAGGAUUUUGAUGAAGUAAAAGCACAUGAGUUGUCAAUUGCUGAAGUUAUUGUUUCAAACUUUAGAGAGUUGCGGGUGUGUGAUAUGAGUGGUGCAAAAAUUGAAAACGUGUCCAAUUCCAUAAAUAGGCUAAAACAUCUAAGAUAUCUUGAUGUUUCUAACAAUUUUGGAAUUAGGACACUUCCAGAUUCUAUUUUGGAACUGCAGAAUUUGCAAGUGCUAAAGGUCUCCUCUUGUUAUCGUCUAAAGGAACUGCCUAAAGAUAUUAAAAAACUGAUUAAUCUCAGGCAUCUGUAUUGCGAUGAUUGUUGGUCCUUGACCCAUAUGCCACGUGGGCUUGGGCAAUUGACUUCACUUCGAACGUUGACAUGGUUUGUAGUGGCAGAAGACAAUUCAGCGGCAAAGAAUGUUGGAGGAUUAAAUGAAUUGAAUAGCCUCAACAAUUUGAGAGAAAGUCUUGAAAUUAGAAAAUUGGGAUAUGUGAAAAAUGGGAUAAUAAAUCAUAAUAUAAAAGAGAAGUCGCUUCUUCAAUCAUUGUCUUUAUGUUCGGAUCGAUAUUAUGAUGAUGCAAAUGUUGAUAAUGAGGAAAUGGCGUUCCAAAAUCUCCAACCACAUCCUAAUCUUAAACGUUUAGUAAUGGAAGGGUACAGAGGCACGAGGUUUCCAAGUUGGGUUUCUUCCCUCACGAAUCUUGUCAAUAUUAAGUUAAAGAAAUGCAGAUGUCAGCAUCUCCCACCAUUGGAUCAAAUCCCUUCUCUUCAAAACCUAGAGAUUUGGGAAUUAAAUGAUUUAGAAUACAUAGAAAUUGAGGGACAAGCAAGUACAUUCUUUCCUUCCCUAAAGUAUCUCCAGCUCCUGUUUUGUUCUAAGCUGAAAGGAUGGCGGAAGAAGAGAGAUGAUGACGAUAGAGACGAUUCAACAACCAUAUCAAUAUCAGAGCUACUCCAAUUUCCUUGUCUUUCUCAAUUCACUUGUGUUGAUUGCCCUAAUUUGAGUUGGAUCCCUCAGUUUCCAUCUAUUGGUGAACUUUUACAAUUGCGGGGAGUAAGCGAGCAACUUGUGAAGCAAAUAUUCACAAUAUCAACUUCUUCCUCAAUCGUUCCUCCUCUCUCUAAAUUGAAGCAGCUCAUUAUUUGGGGCAUUGAGGAUCUCGAAUUUCUACCUCCAGAUGGACUGCAGAAUCUCACUUCUCUUCAACGAUUACUGAUUGUGGGCUGCCCAAGAUUAACAUCUAUGCCUCAAGAGAUGCGUUCCCUCCCCUCUUUACAAGAAUUGAAAAUUGAUGAUUGUCCCCUGUUGAGCAAAAGAUGUGCAAAUAAAAAGGGUGAGGAUUGGCCUUUUAUUUCUCACAUCCCAAAUAUUCAAGUUGAUCACAAGAGAGUUCAGUGGAAGGGCCGCUAUCUACCAGAGGACGAAGCUUUUGUAAGUUGGUUAUUCUUCUCUUAA